AUGUACGAGCCAGACGACGAGGACCUCGCCGCAGAGGAGCAGGCGGCUUCCCUGAAGGUAGCCUGCCCUGAGAGGACUUGGGAAGACUUAGAAGAGGAUGAGACUGGUAGGCUGCGCAUCACGCAUGGAGACAAGCAAUACAGAGAGAAACGCAGGAAGAUCGCGAUGGCGGCGGCGAACUCGCACGUUUGCAAGGGGAUGAUUAGGUUCUUAUACGUGGUGGUUGACCUCUCUCAGGCAGUCAACGAGGCGGACAUGAGGCCAUCGCGCCUCGCUGUCGUCUCGGGGAUCUUGUACAAGUUCUUUAGAGAGUAUUUCAACCAGAAUCCGCUCAGCCAAUUGGGCCUAGUGGUGACUCGCAACGGCAUCGCAGAGCGCUUGACGGAGCUCAGCGGCAGCCCGGAGUCCCACAUCACAGCGCUUAAGGAGAACUUGGAAGCUGCAGGAGACAUGUCCAUCCAGAACUCCUUGGAACAAGUGCAAUCAUCCCUUGCACAGCUUCCCACCUACGGUACUCGAGAAGUUCUCUUCGUCGUGUCCGCCCUCUCCUCAUGCGACCCGGGAAACGUUCACACGGCAAUUGCUGCAGCGAAGAGUGCAAACAUAAGGGUCAGCGUGGUUUCGGUCGCAGCGGAGUUGCACAUUUGCCGCCGCAUGACCGAGGAAACCGGUGGGAUGUUUGGAGUGUCCCAGUCUCAGCAUCAUCUCGAAGAUUUGCUCAUGGCUCAUGCUCCCCCUCCACCGUUGAACGAGCAGGCGACAAAGGCAAGUUUGGUUGAAAUGGGAUUUCCACAAAAACGACCACUGGACAAAGGCGCAUUUUUCUCUGGGCGAGGCGGAGAGUACGUAUGCCCUCGAUGUGCAUCGAGAGUUGAGGUGAAUCCAACACAUCCAAAAUUUGUGGAGAACAUCAAAAUAAAUAACCCUGUCACAUUUUUGCAGGAAUUGCCUGCUCAGUGCAGCGUCUGCUCUUUGACGCUGGUUUCAUCACCUCAUCUUGCACGAUCAUAUCACCAUCUUUUUCCGGUCGCACCAUUCGAGGUUCAUCGUCCCGUGAUUAUGCAGGAGCUAAAUGACGCGGCCAAACUUGAUGCGACUAACUGCUUUGCGUGUAAUUUGAAAUUUGACCGCUCCGGUGCAAGGGGAAACGACGAUGCACCGUCAGUUUGCCCGAGAUGCAAAAAAAUAUAUUGCUUCCAGUGCGACGUGUUCAUACACGAAAAAUUACACAACUGCCCGGGUUGCGAGAUAGAUAAAGCAAAAGGAUACAAAAAUAGUGCCUGAAAAUGAAUGACACGAAAUCCGUCUACACUAUCUUAUUACGCUCUCAGUAAUCAUCGUCACUAUCGUCUACAAAGGCUCUUUGGGUCCCCGAAGGCUUUUUUGCAGAUGUGUAUAUCCCCAAACGCUUCUUUAAAGCGGCAAUGCGUUCAAGGCGUUCUGCGACAUCGGCCCUCGCAUUAAAUUUAGGCCUGUUCGUGGGCGACACCUUGGAAAAUGAUGACGUGCUCACAUCAGGAGAAACGGACGGCGAUCUUUCGCUCUGAUAGAUGUUUUCCGUGAUCGGUCGAUCGCGCACGGGAGAACGCAUUUGCAACUGUCUUAUGCGUUCUUUGUUUCUUUCACUCUCGAUUCUUCUGCGAUUGACAUCGUGAAAGCUCUUCAACUUGACUCUUAGAUGUUUGACGAGUCUCUGCGCGCUGAGAACAGCAACAUCGAGCUUCGGGUCGGUGUAUCCCUUUUGCUGACCGCACACGCCUAGGGAAUUGGACAUGAUGGCGAUGAGAUCAUCAUUCAAUCCAUCGAUGGCUAGAGCGAAAUUUUCUUUCUCCGCGAUGUAGGUUAUGUGUUCAUCUCUGAGCUUUUCUGCCAUUCCUUUCGAUUCCUCUGCGCUUUUCAUCAGCUGUUCGUUGAAUGCCUUGAGAUCAUUCAGCUGCAGCGAGGGCGAGGGAGACUUUCGUGGAGACGCGCUGGACGUGAUCUCCUCAACAUACUCGAGCAAUGCUUGAUUAUCACGCUCCGCCAUCUCGCAGCGAGCCAGGAGCACCUCUUCUGCCUUGAUUCUGUCUG